UGUCAAACAAAGUGAAAGGGUUUGCACUUUGCAAAGACUUUGACUUGCAUACUUGCAUACUCAUGAAAGUGGUAAACCCGCCAAUCGGAGACAGAGGCCAACAAUCCCAUUUCCAUGGAGACCACUUUCGUUUCUCUUCUACUCCUCGCCACCAUCCACUCUUCUCUAUCAUCACUCCUUGGAGUUCAUCCUCUAGAUGAGAACUACUUUGCUUCUCAAGUAAUCAAAUGCAAGGACGGUUCAAAAUCGUUUAAUCGAGAUCGUCUCAACGAUAAUUAUUGUGAUUGUGUCGAUGGGACUGAUGAGCCUGGAACUUCAGCUUGUCCUAAAAGCAAAUUUUAUUGUAGAAACUUAGGAAGCACACCACAAUUUAUAUUUUCUUCUCGUGUAAAUGAUCGUAUUUGUGAUUGUUGUGAUGGAAGUGAUGAGAAUGAUGGCGGUAUCCGUUGUCCAAACUCAUGCAUCAUGGGUGGAAACAUAGAAUAUAAAAGUGACAAUGGUGUCUCGUUUAGCAACAAUGAUGAAGAACUCUCAACUGUCAGUAAUCUUGGCCAGACCAAAAAGGGAGGGAUGAAUUUGGAUGACUUGAUUGAGAAACUUAAAGGUUUGAAGAUGCUGAUAAUUCUUCAGUUAGUCCUCAUCGGCUUCCUGGUGAUCCUCAGGAUGUCCAGAAAGCGCGCAGCAGUCUCUAAAAGAAGACGGCGAUAAUAGCAUGAAUCUAAUUCCUUUACAUUUGUUGCUUCUAUCUUGGGCUGCGUCAGAUGAGAGGCCUGAAAUAACCUGAGGUGUUUUUCCUUCGGGAUUUUCUUUUUCCCUAACAGCACCUCUGGUCAAUGAAAAGUGUCGGGGCUCAUCUUGAUUUGCUCUUUCCAAUCAUGAGUUCCGAGCUGAGGACAGAGCUUGAAAGGAAGUACUUGGAUAUGAAAUAAUUUUGUUAUAAGUAUGUCUCUUAUACAAGAGUAUGACUUUGUAAUAAGAUCAUUUUACAUUCUGUGAGAAAUGCAAUGGAGAGUUGUUUUUUCUAUUAA